ACAUAUCAAAAUUUAUUAAUUUAAUUAAUUAGCCUUUAUUCUCUUCCUCGUUGGUGUCCGCAUAUCUCCCCAAAAUUUGGUCGCAUAUGGUGUUUUUGGUUCCUCUGCAAAUCGGACACAUUAUAUCCUCUAAUAACUGUCUGUCUCUUGAAUUAGGGUUCCCACAAUAAAACAGAAAUUUACCCCCAAUGAAUAAAACAUAGGGUUUUCUUUUCUUAAUCUUAUAUUUUUUCGCCGUCAAUUAGGAUUCGAGUAGUUUUAUCUGAUUCUGCUGUUUGAUUGGUCGAUCUGGUCAUGGAUUCGCGAGAUUCAACGCAAUCAACCAACGCCAAUAACUCCUCUGACGAUGAUGGUGUUCUCUUCGGCACUGCCACUUUAGCUAAAGAAGCCGCUCUCUACUUUCAGUCUCGAAAGUUCGAUGAGUGCAUCGAUCUACUUAAUCAGCUCUUGGAAAAGAAACCUGACGAUCCUAAGAUUCUACAUAACAUUGCGAUUGCGGAAUACUUCCGGGAUGGUUGUACAGAUGUGAAGAAGUUGCUUGAUGCACUUAAUAAUGUGAAGAAGAGAAGUGAAGAACUUGCUCAUGCAUCUGGGGAACAGGUGGAGAAUUCUGACAAUCUUGGAAACAAAGUUAUUGUGGGUUCAAAAAGCAGUAACACAUCAAGUCAUCAAUGUUCUGCUGCAAAUGGUGGCAGUUUAGUUUACAUGGAUGAAUUUGACAGUUCUGUGGCAAAAUUGAACAUUGCGGUUAUCUGGUUUCAUCUACAAGAAUAUGCAAAGGCAUUAUCAAUACUAGAACCUUUGUAUCAAAAUAUUGAACCAAUAGAUGAGUCGACAGCUCUUCAAAUUUGCCUCUUGUUGCUUGAUGUUGCUCUUGCAUGCCAUGAUGCAUCAAGAUCUGCUGAUGUGUUAAUUUACUUGGAAAAAGCUUUUGGUGUUGGUUGUGUGAGUCAAGGCGAUACUGGAAGCAUGGUACAGCAACAAUCUGCUAAUCUACUUGCAAAAUAUUCCUCUGUUCCAACCAGUUCAUCGAUUGCAGAUGGUUCUAAUUCUGAUUUAUCUGCCAGUGUAAAUACUUCCGAAAAUCAAUUAACAAGAACUUUAUCAGAGGAGACACUUGAAGAUGAUACUGUGUUAGCAUUGUCGACUCUGGAGAUUGGUCAGAAUUUAACAGGGCCGAUUGGUCAGAAUUUAACAGGGCCGAUUGGUCUUUCUUCUGUGAAUGAACUAUCGAGGACCCUAGUUGAUAAGUCAAUCUCUACAGUUGAUUUGAAGCUCAAGUUGCAAAUCUAUAAGGUUCGUUUUCUUCUUCUCACUAGGAACUUGAAGCAAGCAAAGCGUGAAGUCAAGCAUGCUAUGAACAUUGCACGUGGGAGGGAUUCCUCCAUGGCUCUCUUCUUGAAGUCCCAGCUUGAAUAUGCUCGUGGGAACCACCGCAAAGCUAUUAAGUUGUUGUUGGCAUUAAGCAACCGGACUGAGAUGGGUAUUUCAAGCAUGUUUAACAACAAUCUUGGGUGUAUUUACUACCAAUUUAGCAAGUACCAUACAUCGUCAGUUUUAUUUUCCAAGGCACUAAGUAAUUCUGCAUCCCUCCGGAAGGACAAGCCUCUUAAGCUGUUAACAUUCUCCCAAGAUAAAUCUCUCCUUAUAACAUAUAACUGCGGUGUGCAAUAUCUGGCUUGUGGGAAACCAAUGCUAGCUGCUCGUUGUUUCCAGAAGGCGAGUUUAGUUUUCUAUGAACGGCCUCUCCUGUGGCUUAGACUUGCUGAAUGCUGUUUAAUGGCUUUGAAAAAGGGACUAAUUGUGGGAGGUCGGCCUCCAUCUGACAGAUCAGAAAUCAGAGUUCGUGUUAUUGGAAAAGGGAAAUGGAGGCAUCUUUUAAUAGAGGAUGGUGUUUCUAAAAAUGGGCACGUGGAUUUUGCAGAAAAUGAUGACUCAUUUUUGGGCAGUGAUGGGCAGCCCAAGCUUUCAUUAUCUCUUGCACGGCAGUGUCUCACUAGUGCCUUGCACUUAUUGAACUUUCCUGACUCAGGUUAUUCAAAGUUUGGUUUGCCCUCUAAUCUAUCUGUGGAGGAAAAUGAAUCCAGUGAAGCAGCAUCUUCAAAGAAUUCAAACCACAAAAACUUAUUCGGCAUUGAUUCCAAGAUAUCAGUAAGCUUAGGUCAGGUUACUACAAAUGGGGAUGCGAAAGAGCAAAAAGGAGGCACAACUCUGGAGAUCACACAGAAUUCUGCGUCCUGUUAUGAGGAUAUCUGUAGAAGAGAAAAUCAGAUGAUUAAGCAAGCUGUACUUGCAAACUUGGCGUUUGUAGAGUUGGAACUGGAAAAUCCUGCAAAGGCCCUCAACACUGCAAGGUCUCUCUUGGAACUUCCAGAUUGUUCGAGAAUUUACAUCUUUUUGGGUCAUGUAUAUGCAGCAGAGGCGCUAUGCUUACUGAACAAGCCUAAAGAAGCUGCAGAGCAUUUCUCAAAAUAUUUGUCUGGAGAUGAUAAUGUUGAUUUGCCAUUCAGUCAAGAGGACCGUGAACAAUGGCAAGUGCAGAAAAAUAUUGAUUGUGAAGAUUCAAAUGGAGGAUUGCUAUCUUCUAAGAAUCCUUCUCCUGAGGACUCAGAAGAGAUCAUCUUUCCAAAGCCAGAAGAGGCACGUGGAAACCUUUAUGCAAAUAUUGCCACAACGUAUGCAAUGCAAGGAGAACUGGAUCGGGCCCAUCAGUUUGUGACUCGAGCAUUGUCCCUAUUACCCAGAAGCACAGAAGCCACCAUGACUGCAAUAUACGUGGAACUCAUGCUUGGCAAGUCGCAAGAAGCUAUUGCCAGGUUAAAACAAUGUAGCCAUGUGAGGUUCCUCCCCAGUGGUCUACAAUUGAGUUAAGUCUUGCUGAUGAUUGUACUCGUGGUUUGAAAUUCUUUGUCUGGUGGAAUCCACCCUUGGUGCUAGUUACAGGUAGUUCAGCGAUCCUUCUAGAGGAUUUGUAACAUAUAUAUAGUUCAAUUUAGAGAAUAAAAUUUUUUCUGCUCAUUUAUCUUUGAUUCUAGGUUUCAUUAAUCCCUGGUGAGGCUGGGUUUUGGUAAUAGCGAAUGCCCACCUUUUACUUUUGAGAUGAAGUUCCGGUUGGGAUUCAUUGUGUUUUAGUGGCUAAUCCAUGUGGUAUUCAAGAAGAAAAGAAAGAUGAUGUGCACUUUUUUAGAUUGAAACCAAAGAGACAGGGAGGUUCACUUUGGAUUUGAAUUACAAGUUAACAUUUUCCUU